AAAAUAAAAAAAUAAAAAAAAAUAAUAAAGAAAAAUUGAAAACUUUUAAGCCAUUAUAAUAAAUCAAUCAUACUCUUCAAAUCAUUAUUUUUUUUUUAAAAAAAAAAAAGAAACGAAACAAAAAGUUUUUAUUUUCAAACUUUUAAAAGAAAGCAAAAAUGUCAAGUGUAAAAAAUGAAAGUGGACAAUCUCCUUCAACAACUACAGCACCAAAUCAAUAUCCAUAUGAAGUGAAACUGACUAGAAAAGAAAAAUUAAUGGUUUAUCUAAGAAUUGGAUUAAUGUUAUUCUUUGAAAUCGCUUUACCACUUAUCCUCUUUUAUGUUCUUAAAAACUAUAUGAAAGAAAUCUGGGCGCUUCUGAUAUCAGGUGUUCCACCGUUUCUUGUUGUUAUUUAUGGAAUUAUAAGUAAAAGACGUAUUGAUAUUUUGGGAGCUCUAAUAAUAAUAAGUUUUAUUGUCAGUGCUAUCGUUGCAUCAUUAAAAAGCGAUGCACGAGUUUAUUUAUUACGAGAAUCUGCAAUUACGGGUACUAUUGGUUUAACAUUCCUCAUUACUUUGAUUCCAAUUAAGUAUGGUACUUUCCAAAUGCGACCAAUUAUAUUUUAUUUUGCUAAAGAUAUGCAAACUGGAGGAUCCUUUGGCUAUUCAUCACCAAAAAGAAAUAAUUCAGGUUUAGCAGAGGAAAUUUCAGAACGGUGGGAAAUAUAUUGGAAAAAAUAUGCCAUAUUUCGACGCGGAUUUAUCUUUUUGACGGCUUUUUGGGGAAUUGGUUUAGUUGUUGAAGUUCCCGCUCGUGUUAUAAUUGUUCUCAACACUCCAACAACUGAACGUGCCGUUUUUUGGACAAACAUAGUAACUUACUCUUGGUUAGGUGUAUUGAUCCUAGUCAACAUCCUUUACUCUAAAUGGUUUAAAAAACAAUGUAGAAAAAUAAUUGGUGAAGGAGAACGACAAACUGCUGCUAAUCAAGCUUCAGUAUAAUAAUCAACAUAGAAUGUAUAUAAACAUUUUUAUUUUAUAACUUCAUACAAGUUUUAAAAUGAUGUAGUAUAUUAAGUUUAGAAAUUGAACUCUUAUUUUUACUGUAUUUUAGAAUAUUAAUAAAGGAUUUAAAUUAAAUUUAAUUUUAUUAAAUAU